AUUCUUUAACCUUCCAUAACUCCCGUCGACCUGGAUUAUCGAUCAUGUCACUGUCGACUGUCGUCAACGGUGGCGCUCUCUCUUGUUGUCGCAGGAAAAAACUAUCUCACGAGUAAACGGUUGUAGUUGAGGUUGCAUACGGAUAUAAACUCAAGUGGUGAUGGACUGAAUUUGUUCUUCUACAUGGAGGGAUGCCAUUACAUUUGCAAGAAUGGAUGUUUGCAAUCUGAACUAAUAGCUCUCUCCCGUAGACAUGAAGAGGUGUUCAAUCCUUCUUCCGAAUUGCAAUCCUCGACGAUUGUGUUAUCGUGAACAAUUAGGUUCUGCCCUGAACCAUCUCUUUAUCUUCUGCUAUUCAAGUAAUUCUUUGGUUGAGAGGUUAAACCUUUCUCGUCCAACCAGUACCAGACCCUUCCCUGAUUAUUCUCCAAAAAAGCCCUCCAUAAGAGAUACUGAACUUGUCUAUCAGGUGUCAAUUACUGUUAAGCAACGCCGUUAUGAGACCCUUCAUCGUACUUUACAGUCAUUUGAGUCGAAGAUUAGGUCUGAUCAUUUUGUUUGGGUUCUCAUGAGCAUAAGGAAUGAUUACAAACUAGUUCUGGAUUUUUAUAACUGGUGGUGCGUACGUAGGAACCCAUCACUUGAAGCCCGUUGUUUUGUUGUUCACAUUGCCACGUCUUCUGAAGAUACAAAGAUGGCACGUGAGCUUAUCCGUGAGUUUUGGAUUAAACCCAGUUUAGACAUCAAUCUUUCAUUUGUUCAUUUUUUAGAAAAACUAAUAUACACUUACAAGGAUUGGGGUUCUAAUCCUUAUGUUUUUGACAUUUUCUUCCAAGUCCUUAUUGAAGUAGGCUUCUUAGUCUAUGCAAGGAAGCUUUUUGAUAAGAUAUUGAAUUAUGGUAUAGUUUUAUCUGUUUGUUCAUGUAACCUAUAUCUUUCCUCUCUAGCAAAUAGCAAUGGUGGGCACAGAAUGGCUUUGAAGGUUUUUAGUGAAUUUUCUAAUUUGGGGGUCUCUUGGGAUACUGAAUCACAUAACAUAAUGGUUCACUCACUUUGCCGAAUAGGAAGAGUGAAAGAAGCCCAUAACCUACUCCUGCAAAUGGAACUGAGGGGAUGCAUCCCUGAUGUUGUAAGUUACAGCACUGUGAUUAAUGGGUACUGUACUGCUGAAGAACUGGAACCAGUGUUGAAGAUCAUAGAAGAGAUGCAAGGAAAGGGACUUAAACCAAACAAACAUACUUUUAACAGCAUAAUUCUUCUUUUGUGUAAGACUGGUAAAGUAUCAUAUGCAGAGGAGGUCCUUAGGGAGAUGAUAUCACAGGGAAUUACCCCAGAUAAUGUAGUUUACACUACUCUCAUUGAUGGCUUCUGCAAAGCUGGGGUUGUAACUGCUGCAUACAGAUUGUUUAAUGAAAUGCAGUGUUUGAACAUCAUUCCUGAUUUGGUAACGUAUACUGCCCUUAUCUGUGGUCUGUGUCAAACUGGAAAGGUUGCAGAAGCAUAUAAGCUCCUGCAUGAUAUGCUUGACUGUGGGUUGGAACCUGAUGAGUUUACUUACACGACACUUAUAGAUGGUCACUGCAAAGUGGGUGAGGUCCAGGUUGCCUUUUCUCUUCACAACCAAAUGGUUCAGAUGGGAUUGGUGCCAAAUGUUGUCACUUAUACUGCAUUGGCUGAUGGGCUUUGCAAACAGGGGGAACUUGAUAUGGCAACUGAGCUUCUUCAGGAGAUGUGUGGAAAGGGACUUGAGUUAAACAUUUAUACUUACAAUUCACUUAUUAAUGGUCUUUGUAAAGCUGGAAAUAUUGUGCAAGCAUUAAAACUGAUGAAAGAUAUGGAAGCAUCAGGUAUUCCGCCUGAUACUUUUACCUAUACCACUCUUAUGGAUGCUUAUUGUAAAUCAGGAGAAAUAGCCAAGGCUCAUGAUCUUUUGCGUGAUAUGCUGUGCAGUAGGAUUCAACCCUCGAUUGUUACAUUUAAUGUUCUGAUCAAUGGGUUUUGUACCUCUGGGAUGCUGGAAGAGGGUGAGAAACUGCUGGGAUGGAUGGUGGAGAAAGGUAUAAUGCCAAAUGCCACCACUUACAAUUCUCUAAUGAAGCAAUAUUGCAUUAGGAAUAAUAUGCGUGUCGCCACAGAAAUUUGCAAGGGAAUGUGUAGUAAAGGAGUUAUGCCAGAUGGUAAUACCUAUAACAUAUUGAUACGAGGACAUUGCAAAGGGAGGAAUAUGAAGGAGGCCUGGUAUCUACAUAAAGAAAUGGUUGAGAAGGGAUAUAAACCAACAAUUGAUACAUAUCAUGCACUCAUUAAGGGUUUCUUGAAGAGAAAAAAGUUCUCUGAAGCAAAAGGAGUUUUUGAAGAGAUGAGAAGAGAGGGCUUGUCUGCUGAUAAAGAAUUAUACUGCAUCUUUGCAGAUAUGAGAUUUGAGGAAGGGGAUUUUGACAGGGCUCUUCAGAUCUGUGAUGAAGCAAUAGAAAAGUGUCUCAUAAACAAGACCAAUGACUGGGUCACAUAAUUUUAUCUUUGAAUUCGUGUUGGAAUAUUCUGAAGAAACAUUUUCAAUCCUAUUUGCUCUUGUGCAGAGCAUUCAGAUUCCUCCACUGGGCUGCCAUGAUUGGAGAUAUGAGAAAUGUGGGAUGCUUCAAUUGGAGGGAGACGUUAUCACAACAGAGUUGGAACUUGAAAAGGGGCGAUGCUUAGAACCAAGCUGCACACACCCUAAACCCCACUACUAGACCUUCUGGUUGGCAUAUGUACUUCGCAUGUUUGCCACAACACCUCGUGCUAGAUAUUACAUUUCUCCUUGAGAAUUCUCGGGUGCCAAGGAUGUCGAGUAGCUUUAGCACACAAGGAAAACUUAUUGUCGUUAUCAAAGGUCCUACAGUCGCUUCAAAGUAUAUAAUGAAGUGUGAUGAUGACACAUUUGUACGGAUAGAUGCUGUCAUGAAUGAAGUUAAGAAAAUUCGUCAUGGCAGCCUGUAUAUUGGAACAUCAAUUACUACCAUAAGCCACUGGAAAAUGGUAAAUGGGCAGUCACCUAUGAGGAAUGGGCAGAAGAAGAUUACCCACCCUACGCGAAUGGGCCUGGUUAUGUCAUCUCGUCUGACGUUGCAGAGUCCAUUGUCUCUGAUUUUGAGCAACAUAAGUUGAGGUUGUUCAAGAUGGAUCGGAGGAUGUGAGCAUGGGAAUGUGGGUAGAGAAGUUCAACAGCUUGAAGUUGUGCCAGUUUGGAUGCAUCGAAGACUAUUACAAUCAAUCCCCCAAGCAAAUGAUCUGCCUCUGGCGAAAAGUGGAAAACUGCAAAGCCAAGGGAAAGCCCACUGCUGUGGUGCAGACAUUGUUAACACGGGAUUUGAUGAGGGGAAAAUUCUGUGCGCUUGUACAGUAGAGGAGAGCAGAAUGAAGUGAAAUCUUUUGUUAUUCACUUAUACUCGG